AAGAAAACCCCACUAAAACCACCCCACUACCCUCGCUCAGCCUCAGCAACACCACUCCUCACCUCCGCCUUUUCUCCCGCAAACACAUCAACUAUCCACCAAGAUCAGUUUUCUCUAUUGACGUAAGCUGCCACCCCUCCAUUACCAAACAGGCUGCCAUUCCUUCACUGCUGCAUUUGCGCACGCGGCAAUCGCAACGAUGACGACGACGCUGACAGGCAACCGCAGUACUGAUAAAGCUACCCGGUGCCUCGAUCUCCCUCUAGCAUCCUCUACUCUACACAACCGACAUUAUGGCUCAAUCCGGUGUCUCCGUCUCGCCCGAGUGCAUCAGCACCUUCAACGAGCUCAAGCUUGGCAAGGACAUCAAAUGGAUUAUCUACAAGAUCAGCGACGACUGGAAAGAGAUUGUCGUCGAGGAGACUUCCAAGGAGGCCAACUUCGACGUCUUCCGCGAGAAGCUGCUCAACGCCAAGAGCAAGGACCGCAAGGGCAAGGAGGGCAUUGGCGGUCGCUACGCCGUGUUCGACGUCGAGUACGAGCUCGACAGCGGAGAGGGCUCCAGGAGCAAGAUCACUUUUAUCAGCUGGACGCCAGAUGAUGCCGCGCAAUACCCCCGCAUGAUGUACUCAUCCUCCAAGGAAGCCAUCAAGCGCGCCCUCAACGGUCUCGCCGCCGAUAUCCAAGCCAACGAUGCCGACGACAUCGAGUUCGAGAGCAUCAAGAGCCGUGUCUCCAAGGGCCGCUAAGCGCCUCUCCCACCAUCUUCCCUUCCGACCUGUCGAUUUCGCGCACCUGUUAGUAUGGAGGAAGGAACGACUGCGGUUGGUAAUG